AUGGCUCAUGAUCAUACAAUUUUUGGGCAGCCAGGUUAUGUUAACUUCCAAUAUAGUUUUAAUAAACUCUCAAUAUUAGCCAUCAUCUGUACUAUUUAUACGAUUCCAGUAUGCUUCAUUUUAUUGAAAAUGAUUUUUAUCUAUUUCAAAAGCAAACGACAGGACCAAAACAAGAUUUUGUGUCCCGAGCUAUUUUCAAUUUUGAUCAUGCAAGUGUUGUGUCUUUGCCACGUUAUUACAAAAUUUUUGGUUUCCCGUCUUCCCCACACAGGAUUGAUCACUGCGUGGUGCGCUGUUGAGAAACCGCAGUUUUUGAAACUUCUUGUCUUUUUCAAUUAUGGAGUUGUCUAUUCAAAGUAUGCCGCAGUUAUUGUGUUUUGCACAUUUCGAGUCACAUUGUUGUUUUCGAUUGGAUCAGCCCAGCAGAAAAUCAACAAAACCCUGGUUCUAGCAGCGCAGUUUUUCAUAUUUCUAGCAUUUUUUCUCGCAAUCCCAAGGUACAAUUCACGUUGCACAUGUUCCCAGUUAGGUGAACCAUUCCCGACCGGAUCAAUUAUAAUAAUGACUAUGAUAUCAGGUUGUCCCAUAAGUUUUCCCUUGUCAGUAAUUAUUGAGAUCAUAGUUCAACCAGUCACAUUUGUUCUUAUAAUUUCACUAAAUAUUGUAAUGCUUAUAAAAUUUUACCUAGUGAAGCAAAUCCGAAACCCUCCCAGCCCGGCAAAAAGCGGCAAGAACGAGACCGUUCUCACCACUACUAUGAUAUUAUUAAUUCUACCCAUCGUUUUCAAUAUUAUCGUCGCAUUCUACGAAUGUUUCGACAAUUUUGAUUACUACAUAUACCUUAUUCGCCCAUUUUUUAUCGAUGCUCAAUCUCAUAUAAUAACUUGUUAUUUCUAUUUUACUCAUCCCAUAUUUAUUAAAAAAUCUAUGAAAACGGUUACUGUGAAGUUUAGCGUUAGUAAAUAA